AUUAAUAUGGUCAGUGUGGUGGUGACCGCCGUCGGGGGAGGACACUCGCGCUCCUCAAUUUUUAUCUAUUAUUCCCUUUAAUAUCCCUCUUGGAGCUACAAAACCAGUGAUAAUUAACAUUAUUUUAUUCAAAUAUACAUUUUGGAUACUCAUUUAGUGGUUAAAAUUAAUUUUUUUUUGUGAUACGAGUAUUAUCGAGAUAAAUAUUAAUAGUGAAGAAUUAUUGGUAUAAGAGGUAUUAAUAGAUGGGUAGGCCUAGGUAAUAGGCUCAAAAAAAGGGUAAAUAUUGUAGUGAGUGCGGAAGAAUACGUCAAGAUGUACACGGUGUCCCGUGGACCCAGCAGAAUCAUAAACCGGACCAGGAGGGAUUUAAGCCAGAAACUUGAAAAUUUGGAUCAAGUUAACAGGAAGAAAAGUGACCAACAACACACUGACAUGAGCACUCCGCGGCCUGUCUUCCAAUCUGUGGGUGGGAACAACAAGGGUGGAAGAUCCACUAAUGGCCGUGUCCAGCCGCAUGACGUUAUCUCUCCACAACACGAGGAACUAAUUCGGUUUUUCAAUGAGUCCUGGGGCAGAGUAUGUAAAGAGCUGGAGAUGGGAAGACAGAAUGGCCAUGACCCCAGAGGGAGUGGGAUUGCGUAUUAUCAGGAAAACAGUGAACACCCAGCACUACAAGAUUUUAAACCAUUUGACCUGGAGGCCUGGUGGGGCAAGAGACUAUACCAGAAUUUGACGCAGUCUUAAAACAUAGAUUUGGUAUACCUGUAGUUUACAACAGGUAACUUAGGCUUAAUGUUUUCUCAAAAACAGCAUUGUAAUAACUUUGAUAAUGACCAUAUACACAGCAAACACUGUAGCUAUACAGCAGUGACCAUAAUUGAGUCUCAUACUUUAACAAGUAUUGCCUUAUGAUUUUUAAACCAUUGAAGCGUUUUGUGAGCACGCUUAGCCAUUUACUGUAUCCUUAAGCAUUUAAUUCUAAGAAGCUCAGUGUACAGAUGCUCCUUGACUUACAAUGGGGUUACAUUCCAACAAACCCAUUGUAAGUCAAAUAUGAAUGCGAUGUGGUGAAUAAGUAAGUAAAUAAAUACUGUCACUAAAUAAGUCAAUAAACAAAUAAUUACUAUAACUAAAUACCGGUAUUGAAAAGCAAAUGAAUACAAGUUAUGGACUUCCCGUCAUGCUGGAUAAUUUUCUUAAGUUUCACCGUAAAGUAAUUGCUUUAGCAUCGUCACAAGUCGAGGAGCACCUAUAAAUACACCCUUUAUCAGGUAGAGAGAGUUGGUGUUUACUGGCUCUUCUUCCAGGAAAAAUGAGUGUGAUGUGUCAGUAUUGCAGGUUAAAAUAAAUUACCAUGUUGAUGGCAUACUUGAUGAGACUGUUGAAAUGUGUGAAAGAGCAGAUGAUCUGUAUGCAAGUAGUUUCCCUAGAUUCCGGGGAAUAGUAUCCUAGCAGAUGAGUAGGUUAAAUGAGAUGCAGUAGUUCAACUUUGUAGCAUUCCAUAAAAAAAAAGGAAUUCUCCAGAUACUUAAUGUAUUUUCUGGCAUAUAAGGUGCACAAGUGUAGGUUGCUUGCUGGCGCCAUGUUCCAAGCAUUUGUAACAUAACGUUAGUAAACAACUGCUAAUGCAUAACACAAAGCCUACCCUUGACCCUAGGUAUAUAUAAGACUCAGGCUGAUUUUCCUAGACUUUCUGUGAGGGGGGGGGGGAGGGAAAAAAAACGAGCCGUAUAUACCAGAAAAUACAGUAAUUAUUCCUUGGCACACACAUGGGAAGACCCCAACUUGCAAAUGCCCGGAGUUAUAAAUAUUCACAAAUACUAAUGGGGCACUGAGAAACAAAUUAGAUUUGUACUACUGCCUAUUCACACUUAUAAACAUGAGGAUCAUAAGCAGCCUUUGUAAUGUUUUUUUAUGGGAAAAAUAUGUUCUGUGUCACAAAUAACUCGAUUGCAAUUUUGACCAUCAGGAUUGCAACUCUCUCAUUAGUUUUUUAUCCCUUAUUCAUGGAAACCACUCAAGCUAUAGUCUUGUAGCUCACAUUAUCUUGGCCACUCAUUUAGUGGGUCCAUGCUUAACACUACUGUACCUAUGACCCCUUUGGAUUUUGUACUUUUUAAAAAAGUAUAUGACAACUCUUGCAUAUUUUAAUUACAAGAUCAAAAUAGCUUUUAUAAGCAAAUUGUUGCAAGUUCUGAAGAUGUCAAUGUAUUGUUUGUCAUGUAUUUUUGUACAAACGACCCAGUGUUAUUGACGGAUACAUAGUGGGCGCUACGGUAAUUUAUACUCUGGCGCCACAAUGGUGUUUUCAUGCUUUCCAAACGACGUACAUUUUGAGUGUGGCAGGUUAAGAAAUAUUAUAUAUUUCUGAUUCUGUUUGCCAUACAGUACAAAACCACUGACUACAGACACCGGAAAGGCAAGUUAAUAAACAAGAUAAUUUUAACAUCUGUAUACACAUGCUGUUAGUUACAGUCUCAUACCCAAGAUUUUUCUGCAGUAAAGUCUUCAAAGUAAAGUCUUUUCUUCAGUAAAGUAUUGUCAAAGUAGAGUAUUUUCAAAGAAAAAUCUACUUUCAUUUUGCAUUUAUAUUAGUUUACACCCUGCCUCGGUGGGAGACGGCCGACUUGUUGAAAAAAAAAAAAAAACAAGAAAUUACUGUUGAAAUAUCUUUUUCAUUGUGUUUGUCCUGUUUCUCUAAUAACAUGUGUAUAGCAGUUUUAUUUACACCAACAUUUCACAAAUUUUGUAAUCAAUCUCUUGCACAAAUUGAGUUAAUUGUAUAAAUUAAGCAAGAAUACACACACGAUGUGUAGAUAUGGAUGAUUUUUAUGUAUAAUAUUGACUUGUGUCUAUAGUUACUUGUUGCAUUGGGUUCCCUCAGUCAUCUUUCUUUGCAGUUGAUUGCAACGUACUUUACUGAGGUCUAUUUUGUUGUACUUUUUUAUAGAAAGAUUACCUCUCAUAGGAGGUGCCUUGAUGCCAUUUACGGGCUCGUGAUCCAAGGAAAUGGACUUGUCUUGGGAUCAAAUGUGAAUGCCUCCUAUGGGUCACGUACCGCAUGUAAUGUAUGUGCGAUGUACAUAAUGUAUGUGUAUGAUGUACGUGCUCACACAAUGUAUGUGUAUGAUGUACGUGCUCACACUAUGUAUGUGUAUGAUGUACGUGCUCACACAAUGUAUGUGCACACAAUGUAUGUGUAUGAUGUACAUGCUCACAUAAUGUAUGUGCACACACAAUCUUUGUGUAUGAUGUACGUGCUCACACAAUGUACAUGCACACAUAAUGUUUGUGUAUGCACAUGUGCGUGCACAUUGUGUGUUAUGAACAAAAGCAUUGGUUUUUUUUUUACAAGUGAAGCUUUUUACAAUAGCCUAAUUUAUAUUGACAUGGCGUAUGUUUUGCAUUUUUGAGGUGAUGUUGAAAAAUUGGGCAAUUUCAGUCCAUAGUACUUUUUACGAUAUGGAAAACCCAGCUAAGCAUUUUUAAUAUGAACAAGUUGAACAAGAGGCUUCUGAAAUAGCUGAAUAGUUUGGUUAUUCACUAAUAUUAUAUGAUCCUUAUGGGCAAAAAUAUAAUUAUUGUACAUUUUGAACAAUAUGUACAUUAGUGUUCAAUUUUGGCUGCUUUAUUUUUGUUUUAAUAUAGCAUAGUGUUUGUAAAUUCCUAAAGUCUUGAAAUUAUUGUACAUAGUAAAUUUUUAUUUAUAUUAUUCAUUUUAGGUGGGUAUUUUACGUGUUUUGUGUGCGUGUAAAAAUAUUUUGUUUGACCUUAGGACGAUGAUAGAGGGCGUUACUGUACACCUUACUUAAACAGUAAUAUAUUUAAUUUAUUGUACAAAAUGUUUUUAUGUUGACUUUAUCAGUGUUUGAUAAAAUAGGUUUGUGUACAAAUUCACUUCCCAUAGUUUGGGAUUCAUUUUUUUCAAGAGGAGGAAAAAUUGUGGAGUCACGAGGCUCCGAGCGUAGUAUUGCCCCGUGUGUCGCGUGUCACCCAUGUCCAGUGUCAGUUGGUUGAAGAGGUUGUCUCCCUUAGGGCCUAAGACUCAGAUCCCCUAUUGACACGUGUCAAGUGUGAUUUUUUUAUUUAACUGUUACCAUAAUAAGUACAGUUUAUCAUUAUAGCUUUGAUAUAUUUUUUUAAUGUGUAUUCUGGCCAUGUGAUACAAUAGUCGAAGUAGCAAAAUGAGCGCAGUUCCUUGGGGGCACAACCUAAUUGUUUAGUCUGUGAUAUUAUUUUGUUUCUGGUGACACUUUUCACACAUUGAGACAAAGUAUUUUGAACCAGUCUUGAUGCUGGAUAUCUUUGACCUGACAUAGUUUGUACAAAUAAACAUGGAAAUUGC